CAGCAUCACCACCUCCACUAUAUAACCUGAGCGCCCGCGCGGACAGGACACGAGGAAUUCGUCCCGCGCAGAAGGCACGACGUCCGGAGGCCCCACGGUUAUGAGACCAUCACUGCUCAGGAACUACUAACAACUACAGGAAACUGAAACAUGACCAAAUCAUACAGCGAGAGCGGGCUGAUGGGCGAAGCUCAUCCCCAGGGUCCUCCAAGCUGGACAGACGAGUGUCUCAGUUCUCAGGACGAGGAACACGAAGCAGACAAAAAGGAGGACGACCUAGAAACUAUGAAUGCGGAAGAGGACUCUCUGAGGAACGGGGGUGAGGAGGAGGACGAAGACGAGGACCUGGAAGAGGAGGAAGAAGAGGAAGAGGAGGACGAUGAUCAAAAGCCCAAAAGACGCGGCCCCAAAAAGAAGAAGAUGACCAAGGCGCGCCUGGAGCGUUUUAAGCUGAGGCGCAUGAAGGCCAACGCCCGGGAGCGGAACCGCAUGCAUGGUCUGAACGCGGCGCUGGACAACCUGCGCAAGGUGGUGCCCUGCUACUCCAAGACCCAGAAACUGUCGAAAAUCGAGACGCUGCGCCUGGCCAAGAACUACAUCUGGGCUCUGUCGGAGAUACUGCGGUCCGGCAAAAGCCCUGAUCUGGUCUCCUUCGUACAGACGCUCUGCAAGGGCUUAUCCCAGCCCACCACCAACCUAGUUGCGGGCUGCCUGCAGCUCAAUCCUCGGACUUUCCUGCCUGAGCAGAACCAGGAAAUGCCCUCGCACCUGCCGACAGCCAGCGCUUCCUUCCCUGUGCACCCCUACUCCUACCAGUCGCCGGGGUUGCCCAGCCCGCCAUACGGAACCAUGGACAGCUCCCACGUCUUCCACGUCAAGCCUCCGCCGCACGCCUACAGCGCCGCGCUGGAGCCCUUCUUUGAAAGCCCCCUGACUGAUUGCACGAGCCCUUCCUUUGAUGGACCCCUCAGUCCGCCGCUCAGCAUCAAUGGCAACUUCUCUUUCAAACACGAACCGUCCUCGGAAUUUGAGAAAAAUUAUGCCUUUACCAUGCACUAUCCUGCAGCGAACCUGGCAGGGGCCCAAAGCCACGGAUCAAUCUUCUCGGGCGCCGCUGCCCCUCGCUGUGAGAUCCCUAUAGACAAUAUCAUGUCCUUCGAUAGCCAUUCACAUCAUGAGAGAGUCAUGAGUGCCCAGCUCAAUGCCAUCUUUCACGAUUAGAGGCACGUCAGUUUCACCAUCCCGGGAAAACGAACCCACUGUGCUUACAGUGACUGUCGUGUUUACAAAAGGCAGCCCUUUGGGUACUACUGCUGCAAAGUGCAAAUACUCCAAGCUUCAAGUGAUAUAUGUAUUUAUUGUCGUUACUGCCUUUGGAAGAAACAGGGAAUCAAAGUUCCUGUUCACCUUAUGUAUUAUUUUCUAUAGUUCUUCUAUUAAAAAAAAAAAAAAA